AUGGAGAACGAGCCGUCGUACGGGAGAGAUGAGGGGCGUUCGUCCAGGCGAGGGCGAUUCAUGGGCCGGCUGUUCGGCACCAAGGACAAGAAGCCGCAUGCGUCGGAAAACUCGACGCAGGACUCGCUCGAUGCGUUCCUGCACAGCUCGACCGACAAGCUCGACAUUACCCACCCGCCGCCGCCGCCUCUUCCGAGGCUCGCCAAGCUCGACACGACGAUAUCACGAUAUCCCCAGGCUCUGGCCGUCAACCAGCAGGCCCAGAGCAACCGUCCCCUGGCGCUGGGGAAGCACGAGUCCAAGUCUCCGAAGCGGAGCCCGAGACCGAACAAGAAGGGCUUGGUCGUUCGAUUCGCCGACUCGUACCCCGAGAUCAUCGGCGAGGGCGGUGACGAAUCCGAGGUGCCCGUCAUCGACAUCAUGAAAGGAAAAAGGCAUUCCAGGCCACCCCAGCCUCUGUCCGAGCGAAGACCGUUGGAGCCUUCGGGCAGGCCGCAAGGCGCACCCGAGCUCGGUCCCGUCGAGUCUGCCGACGAUUUCGUCCCAAAGCCAUUGGCGCGGUCCCAGACGGGUUACUCGUCCAUCUACGAGCCCGAGGAGGAGACGGACGGUGCUCCCCAAUCGCGGAGAGAUUUGGAAACCAUGCUGGUGCCGGGAAAGAGCUUGUCGGCAAGAUUCCUCGGCAGGGUGGAUGGCCGGGACGAUAAAAGAAAGUCCUUCAUCGACAUUCAUCAAGCCCAGAUGCGCGCGGCCGAAGGAAAGGCCUUCGCGCAGGCAGCCCGCUCCGCCAACGGCGCACCGAGCCGCCCGUGGAACGAGGCCGAUCGACCCUCGGCCGCGUCCAUGGUCGACUCGGCCGUUUCGAGAGCACAGUAUCCCCCGUCGCCAGAUGCACACGGCCGCCGCCAAGCCGCCGCCGCCGCUGCCGAGUACAGUCCUGCCGGCUCCAUAGAGUCGACGCCCCCGAACAGUGCGCACCCUCAGCCGAGCCCGCUUCAGCUGAACUUUGACCGCCGACCCUCUCCCGCCGCGCCGGUCCCCGCCGACCUGCUCCCUCUCCCCCAUGCUCCUUUCGUUGCGCGCAUGGCGUCGGUGAAGCUCAACGAUACCGUCGGCGCCAACGAGGCGCUCGCCACCUUUGUCGUGAGGACGAAGCACCUCUUCGAGCUCUUCCGGCUGCACGCCGAAUCGGUGAAGCCGUUGCCGACAUGCGCGCCCCGGGAUUGCGCGCGCGCCGGUCUCUGGUGGUUCAUCAGGGGCAGGAUGGGCCUGGAAUCGGCCAUCCGGGACCGACCGGGCUCGCCUCGGUCGCAGAUGAGAAACGACCGAGACAAGCAGCAAGCGUACGCGAACCUCGCCAAGGGUUACUGGCUCUGCGAGGAGGCGAUACCGGAGAUUGCUGCGCAGUCUCGACGUCGGGAGGCGGACCAAGAGAUCAUGGGAGUGAGGCAGGGCUUGAUAUCAGCCCUCACGAAGCUCGCCGUGUCCAUGAAGAAGAACGGCUUCCUGCCGCCCGAGGAGCCCUUCUUGCCUCAGACGAUUGACAAGUCCAUCUGGAUCGACUAUCCGACGCUCAGCCAUGAUCUCGUCGCCCUCCUCUCCGGCAACUGGGGCUCCACCCUGGCGGCGAUGCAGCAGUCGACGUCGACGAUGCAGCUUCCCGACGCUCUACCGCUCGCCGACACGUCCGAGUACUUUUGCUACGCGCGCGUCCUGGCCGACGCCUUCCUCACCGAGCAAGGGAGGGACUCGCACCGAAUUCUCCUCCCCUGCAUCGUAUCGGUCAUCCGGCCGCGGAAGAAGACGGGCAUCGUGUUCGUCGUCGCGAGCCAGGACGGCAGCGUCCAGUUUGCCAUUCAGGAUAGCAAAAAGGCAGGGCCGAGCUGGGGCGACGUCCAUUGGCGCCAGGAAACAUGCUCCAUGGACGUGCGACUGCCCCGGGGCUUCGUCCUGAGCCUGCAGCCGGGUCAGGCGGACUACAAGACGAUAGGCAGCAUGUACGAGUUCGGCGCGAAGAUGCAGGCCACCCUCGAGCCCCGGGGCGACGAGCAAGUCAUGUUUCGGUCCAACCUGCGUUCGUUCCAGUACAUCGAGGCCGAGCCCGCCACGGGCGCGUUCCCGAAGGAGCCGGUGCUCGAUUGCGAGGUUGCCGUCUUCGAAAAGAUACACAAGGAGAACGGCCCGGCGGGACCGCGCAACUGGCAUCGCGGCUGUCGCAUCGCCGUCGUCACCGGCCCUCGCACGAGGACGGUCAACGGCGUGCACCACACCUUCCUGCCGUCCUUUCCCGUACGCUUCGGCUUGUUCCGGUCCGAGGAUGACGCGCCGGCGCUGUCCGUCCGAUACCUGAGCGACAGGCAAAAGGGUCGCAUGGUUCUGAUGUUCGUCAACGAGCAGGAACGCGCCCAGGUCCACGCCCUCCUCACCGGAACGACACUGGACCACGGCGAAAAGACGUUUGCCGACGUUCCCGUCAAGUCGUUUAUGAUUUCGGAGCGCAUCCGAGAGCCCCUGGGCAUCUCUCCGUUCAGCCGCAUGGGCUGGAAGGCGGCCAAGGUGAUCAACGACGAAUUCGGCACCGGCGCCACCGGGGGGGAUCAGCCGCCGACGGUGCUGUCGGACAAGCUCAAGGUGGUGCUCGAGUAUCAGGACGGCGCCGUGGCCGACAGGAUCAACGUGGCGCCGGGCGAGCUGAGGAUGCGGCUCGAAGUGUCCAACGCCAAGCUGCUGCGCGUCCUCCGACAGCCUCAGCAGGACAUGACGGUGUCGGCGUCGGAGGUCAAGGUUCCCAAGGAGAUGGCGAGGAACCUGUCGGACGCGCUCCAGCUGCUGAUGGCGAAGCAGACGAUUCGAACCUACGAGUUCAACAGCCUCCACGACCUUCACAGCUUCCAGGAGGCCCUCACCGGCUUCGAGGUCAUCUUCGACUCGCUGGCCGUGACGUUUGGCAUCACGCGACGGCGCAUGGUGGUGCCCAUCCACAAGAAGUGGGAGGCGGGCUACACGCGCAUCCAGGUGGUCAGGCUGGAGGACAAGCAGCUGCAGCUGCUCGCCUUCUUCGAAGAGUUCCAGCACGGACACUGCAUGAACUUUCUGCUCAAGGGAACCGACGUCUACGAAAGUGUCCACAGGGGGGGCAGGACCGGCAUCAAGUUUGUCGACGCCAAGUUUCCGCUGCCUCGUACGCCGGCCGACAAGGACGACGACUCGGACGAGAUGGCCUUUGUCUGCCUCGACCUUCCCGAUCUACCGGGGGAGCACGAUGACAUCACCAUCAUGUUUGAGAAUGAAGCUGACGUCGAGCGAGCCCUGCUAACACGAUGCCAGACCGAGACCGAUUGA